AUGGAAGCGCAAUAUUACAACUGUCCAAGUGGUGGACAGAGAAACUCAAGAAAUAAUGGUUCUAGUAGUAAAAAAAUCAAUAAUCGUCGACAAGAAACACAAGAUACUGGAAAUUAUGAUCCACGGAUCAAUGAAACUGGUGAAUUACAAAGAAAAGAUAUAAUAAAUUCCUUUGCAAAUGAUGAAACACUUUUAAAUGAUUUUUUACUCUUUCGCCAACAGCAACAUCAAUAG